CAGCUUCUACAAUAAAUGCAGCCAAAGGGGCAGUCACUUCUCAUCAGUCACAAAAGUCUCCUCUUUAGACCUCACUCUCGCAAAAGCCAUUUCUCAUCAUGCCAAACCAACAAAAGAAAGUCAUUUUUUGUAUGGCUGGGGUGUUAAGCUUCGUGUGCGCCCUUGGAGUUGUGACAGCCCUGGGGACACCGUUGUGGAUCAAAGCCACCUUCCUCUGCAAAACAGGGGCGUUGCUUGUCAAUGCCUCUGGGCAGGAGCUGGACAAGUUCAUGGGAGAAAUGCAGUACGGGCUUUUCCACGGAGAGGGUGUGAGGCAGUGCGGGCUGGGAGCGAGGCCCUUUCGGUUCUCACUUUUCCCAGAUUUGCUCAAAGUGAUCCCCUUGAGCAUCCACGUCAACGUCAUUCUCUUCUCCACGAUCCUGGUUGUUUUAACCAUGGUGGGAACGGCCUUCUUCAUGUAUAAUGCUUUUGGCAAGCCCUUUGAAACCCUUCAUGGCCCACUAGGGUUGUAUCUUUUGAGCUUCAUGUCAGGCUCCUGUGGCUGUCUUGUCAUGAUACUGUUUGCCUCUGAAGUGAAAAUUCACCACCUCUCAGAAAAAAUUGCAAAUGAUAAAGAAGGGACUUACGCCUACAAAACGCAAAGUGAAAAAUACACCGCUUCGUUCUGGGUUGUUUUCAUUUGCUUUUUUGUUCAUUUUUUGAAUGGGCUCUUAAUACGACUUGCUGGAUUUCAGUUUCCUUUUGCAAAAUCUAAAGACACGGAGACGACCAAUGUAGCUGCAGAUCUAAUGUACUGAAAGGCAAAUAUUCCUGUGAUCUGCCAAGUAAGGGAGUCGACUUGCUCUGGUCACUUGGAAAUGGUUCAUUUUGUCCGUCCUUUCAGAUGCACAAAUGAAAGCAUCCAAGCCCUCCAUGGCAAUGUUUACAAAUGAGGUACUAAGGAUACAGGCUCAGUAAGGGGAGCAGAAGGAAGGUUUGAGAAGGUUGUUUUACUUCAUGGGAACUGCGUGCUUAAAGCUCUUGACUGGAAGGGACAAAUUGUUACCCUAUGUACGCAUCAAAGUGUAAAAUGUCUGCUCCAUCAGGAAGGAAUGAAAAGGCAUGGGGACUAUGUUUUAACACACACAAA